AUGUCGUAUUCCACUAUAAUUCCCAUCGAUGAGCGAACGUCGAAACCCUCCUGCACUCAAUCCUUCCCACCGGUGCAGAACAUCAAACUUCCGUCUCCGUCGGAUCUUCCAGUCGAAUCGUUUCUCCCCAAGAAAAGGGGCCGGUCAAGAACGUCAAACGCAUUCAUGAUUUACCGAAAACUUUAUUUCAAAGCGCUAGCCGAACGAGGAUGCAAGUCCAAAAUGAUCGACGUAUCACGAUGGGCAUCCGCUGCUUGGGCCAAAGAACGUGUAGAGGUCAAAAUGGAAUUCAACCAGUUUGCAAAUAGGCUCGAAAAUCUCUACCAUGAAAGGCUUCGGAAUGCUGAACUGUCAUCCGCGGAAGAAGAAUUGGCGGCUUGCAACAAGACCAGCGAUAACUCCUCGCAAGAAAGUAUUGUUGAUUCUUCAUUGGGCCGUGCAAGUAACGGCACCAUUGACGCAGUUACAACUACACCCGGAUACAUUAUCUCUGAAAAUGAUUAUUCUACCGUUUAUUCAAAUGCAAUUAUCGUUAAUACCGAUGCUAAUAAUACGCAGCCUGGCCAUUAUCCAUGGUUUGCAUAUCCUUAUGUGGUCUCUAGCGAUGGCCAAUACUACUCAACUUUUCAGAAUGACCCGUUUGGGAGCCCGUUAGCUCGUUACGACGAUAAUACGUUUUUUCUCCCAUUAGAAGGAGAAGACUUGCGUGAAAAUGGUUAUAGUAAUAAUGGUAUCAGUUAUUAA